CAGUUUCCUUCGGAUCUUCCAUUUUGUUUAUCCGGCGCCGCCGUCAUGGCCGUAGUUCUUGGAAAUUUAGCCUCGUUACCAGACGUAGCCUCCCCGCGGAUUGUAGCGGCGGACCGCAGAUCCCGUGCCUUGGCGGUCGAUGUAGUUUUAAACCUGCCGAAGAGGGCUUCGGAAGGAGAGGCUAGGGAUCGACGAGUCAUGGUACUCGCCAAAGCGAAUUCGAAGGUUAAUUCAGUAGAUUUCAACGCGGAGAAUAGCGACGAUGGAGGAAACGGAAAUGGUAAUGGAUUUGAAGAGGAAGAGGAAAGGUACGAUUGGGAGAAGGAAAUGAGAAAAAGAUUGAAAGAGGUUGAGGAGAAGAAGGAGUUGGAGACGAAGGCGGAGGAGUUGCUACAGAAAGCAAAAGCGGAGGACGGUGAAGGUACUGGUAAAGAAUUGACAGAGGAGCAGAAGAUGUUGAGAGUGAGAAAAGAGCUCGAGAAGGCAGCUCAGGAGCAAGCAGAGAGAAGAGCAACAGCAAAAUUGAUGUUUGAAUUGGGUCAAAAGGCUUAUGGAAGGGGCAUGUACAGACGUUCUAUUGAGUUUUUUGAAGGGGCACUCACAAUCAUUCCAAGGCCUUCAUUAUUUGGUGGUGAGAUACAAAUAUGGCUAGCCAUGGCUUAUGAGGCUAAUAACCGCCAUGCAGAUUGCAUUGAGCUUUAUUUGCAAUUAGAGCAGAUGCACCCUAAUGUGAGCAUUCGACGUCAAGCUGCUGAUCUUCGCUACAUCUACCAAGCACCUAAGAUUAAGAUAACACAGGAGGAGAUGGUUACAAUGCCAACCAUUGGUACAAGUUAUGACAGCUAUGAUGGCUAUGGGUCGGUAUGGAUUGAUAAAGACAAAUACAAAUACAAGAAUUGGUAUGCAAGGAGAAUUGAAUCGAAAACAACCGAUCAGUUCCCACCUUCCAGAGACUUUCUAGGGGAGCUUUUUGAGUUUUUCGUGUGGAGACCUCCAGUUGGAUUGGAGAAGAACCGAGCAUUUUGGUUUGGUUUGACUCUAUGGUUUGGCUUGGUGGGAGCUGCGCUCCUCCAACAAAAAUAAACUCUAUAGAACAGACACCAUCCCUGCACGAUGCAUUCUUUUAAUUAUUUGCUCUGUUCUGAGUGUAACAUACCUAUAAUCUAUAUUUCUUUCUUAUGUAUAUGAAGCAGACCAAGGUGUUUGCAUAAUGUUACGAAAACCUGAUCUGAUCCUAAGGCAUGUUAUAUUCCCUGGACAAUAUUAGGAACAAAAAACUUCUACAUCCUGGAAUGUAUUAGCGAUUUUCUAAGAAGUACUAUUAAAUUUUCAAAAGCUAA